AUGCCACAGGCAAGGCAGGCUAUGGGUACAGUGACCCAGGAAGGUAACGGUUGGGGAGCAUCACCGAUCCAGCGUGAAGACCUCGUCACGUACGGGGACAUGGUGGACAUGGCAUACAUGACCUUCGCCGCCGAGGACGAGGCCUACGAGAGCACCCUGUCGAGCUUGCUCGCCGGCAUCGACGACUGCCGCUACGUCGCCACCGCCCACCUGUUUGCCACCAUCGAGCCGGUUCCGAAGUUGCUCGAAGCUUUGCCUGUCCUCAGGGGCUUGGACAAGCCGUACUGGUUCGGCUACGUCGCCGUCGCCAGGCGUGGUGACUGCCUGGACAUCGUCGUCGCGUGGCGCGGCUCGGCGACGCUCGCCGACUGGAUGAUGGACAUCCACGCCGACCUCGUGCCGUUCGUCGACGGCGCCAAGGGCGGCGUUGCCGGCAAGGUGGCGGAGGGGUUCUACAAGGUGUACACGUGCAUGGAUAGCAUGACGGAGCGCGGCAAGGUCAGCGCGAAGGAGCAGGUGGUCACGGAGGUGGCGCGGCUGGUCGGCCAUUUCCGGCGAGGGGACUCCGGCGGCGAGAGGCAGAGCGUCCGCGUGACCGUGGCGGGCCACAGCCUCGGCGGCGCGCUGGCCCUGAUGUCCGCGCACGACGCCGCGGCGGCGCUGGCCGCCGCGGGGCACGCGGACGUCCCAGUGCGCGCGGUGACCUUCGGCGCGCCACGCGUCGGCGACCAGGCGUUCCGCGGCGCGCUCAGGGCGCGCGGCGUCGACGUGGUCCGCGUCGUCGUCAAGCAGGACGUGGUGCCGCGGCUGUGGAUGGGCCCCCGGUACGUCGACGUCGGCGACCACGUCGUCGUGCUCGACGAGGACAAGUCGCCGCGCAAGCUGACGGGACACAGCCUGGACCUGUACCUGCACCUGAUGACCCUGCGUGACACCGCCACCUACAAGUUCAACGUCCACCAGCCCACUACCCAGGCGCCGGCGCCGGGGGACGGCGCGGCCGACGCCGGCCAGAAGGAGAAGAAGCCCAGGUGGAAGAAGAUGGUGGAGGGUGACGGCUACAUGCGGCUGCCGCCGGCGGAGCUGGACGAGGAGCUGGGAAAUUCCCAAAAGUAGGGGGGUCUUAAGCGCUCAUACCUAUCUAUUUAUUACUAAACUUUUACUACUAUCUAUCUUGCUUAGUACUAUCUAAAUAAUGGCGCCAAUC